AUGGUUGAGUUGAUGUAUACAUCACCAACUGCUAGUGACAAAAACAAUGCUUCCAUGGUGGUUCAUAUGUCUUCUACGACAGAACAAAUGCGAACUCAGCUGAAGCAGAGGAUGUUCUUUCACUCAUGGCGUUUCAAGUCACGGAUUAGAGGGGUCCAAAAGUAUCUCAUAAUAGUGCUUGAAGAUAAGUUUUUGUUUGAGGAAUCAAAGAAAGUUUCUAUUCACAAAGAUGAUGUUGCACGAAUGCAGAGAUUUCUUGAUGUUCCUUUUGGAAUAUCCUAA